UGUAAAGAAUGAAAGUUGAAAUCAGCUGUUUACUUGUUUAGUAGAACAGGAUGAACGACUGCUGUGGAGUGUAUUUACGAGUCUGAUUUGUUUGAAUGUAUUUGAGUCGAAUGUAUAUCAAUAAUGGCCAAUGCAGAAGACCUGAACGCGAUUUCGACUCUUCAUGAAGACGUUUAUCAUGGAAUUCAUUCAGACAAUGGAGAAUGGGUCGAUUUGCUCACACAUCAUAGAGAACCUGUUCGAGAUCCGGUUGCUAUUCGAGGUGCUGGGAAUGUUACUGUGUUUGGACUUAGUAAUCGUUUUGACACAGAAUUCCCAUCUGCCCUGACAGGCAAGGUCGCUCCUGAAGAGUUCAGCGAAACACUUCAGAGAAUAAAUUCUGUCUUGAAAAAAACUCUUCCAGUGAAUGUUAAGUGGUUGUUUUGUGGGUGUAUAUGUUGUUGCUGUACUUUGGGUUGUUCACUUUGGCCUGUAGUUUGCCUCAGUAAAAGGACAAGGCAUGCACUUGAGAAACUUCUUGACUGGGAAAAUAGCCACUUGUACAGUAAGUUGGGAUUACAUUGGAGGCUAUCUAAACAAAGAUGUGACAGUUCAGCCAUGGUGGAAUAUGUGCUAUUGGUCGAAUUUGUACCUCGACUUCAGAUUCAUCGUCCCGAUUAACAGGAAAUGGAAACUCAAGGAAAAUUGCGCACAAUUUUGACUGCUCAUUGUUGGAUGUCGUUUCUUAUUCUUCAUCAUCGGCCAGAAUUGUCUGUUAUAAAUGGUCUUUCUUACGCUUGUACUUUUCCUCCGAAAGGGUUUAUUUGUCAGUAUGACAACUUUAAGAUCUCUCUGCUUAAAUGUUGAACGACUCCCUAAUCAUGUAAACGUCUUUGUGUAAGUAAAACAAAAAAAAAACCCCAAAAAGAAGGAAUUCGGAGCUUGCUAUUGCGUGUAUAUUUAGAAUGUGUUGCGGGCAAUAAACAUGUCGUUUAUGGAGAAAA